GUUGGCAACAUUACGUAGGGAAACGUCGUGCUGUUAUUUUUUGAUUGCGAAAACGAAGAGUGAGUACGAUAUUAUUACGACGCUGAUUUAUAAAUUAUCGCUUGAUAAGAUCGCGCAUGUGCAGCUAUCUUUUAUGGUUCUUAUCCCCCUUUCAGCGUAUUCCCUGUAUCAUCUGAUUAGAUAAAGAGGGCUUGGUCUGCUUCGGAGGAGCCUAAAACGUUGCGUGAUUUCAUUUUGUUCGUUCGUUUUCACGGUGAGAAGCCAGUGUCAAGCAGUUUGCAAAUAUGGUGUCCCUGGAGACUAUUGCGAGUAUAGUGAUCAAAGUGCUAAAGUUGGUUCUCAAUCUCAUCAUUCUGAUCCUGUAUCGCACAGGAUACGGUGGUGAAUUUUUGGGUGUAGGUGGAACAUGGAACUUGAAUGAAGACAAGAAUCCCGAUGCGGAGAUCGUCGCUUCUGGCGUCUUCGUCGGCUUCUUCAUCUACACGAGUGUCGUGCUCAUUAGCUACUGUUUUGGGAAUACGGAACAUAAAAAAACUCUUGUCGAAAUCAUCAUGAAUUUCAUCGGAACUUUCAUGUUUGUGGCGGUGGGUGGAACUGCUCUGCAUUACUGGCACGGUUAUCAACCUGAGCAAAAGUUCGUGUAUGAUGCGCCGGAGAGGCAGAUUGGCUUGGCGGUCGGUUCGUUGUGCGUUCUGGAAGGUGCGGCGUACUUAUUGGACCUAAUAUUAAGUUUUCUCCAUUACGCUAAGGAUGAAUUCAACUAGCACAGGAAGAAAAGUGGUAUAAGAUGACACAUCAUCGACAAUGACAAUAUUUGCAUUUCCAUUCCGUUCCAUGAAAAUUUCAUUAAGUGACAAUAUGCACGAGUAAUGUAAAAAUCUCGCGUGCGUAAGCAAUCGCGAUCGGAUUAUCUCCCAUAUCUCAAGCCACAUUGUUAGUCACGUUUUCCGUACAGGAGUUUCUCUUUGCAGGAAAUGCAAGCAACCUUGUCCUUCUUUGAAGAAGAAUAAGGUUGUCUCGUUGUACAUUUAUGCAUAUAUUUAUUCAUACCGAUAUGUUUUCCAUUUUUCCAAAACGUAUAUAUAUGUAUAACGUACAAUAAAAUUUAUUAUAAAAUUUUUACUGAAAUUACUUGAAGUAUACUGAUUUCAUAGAUA